UUGUUUUUGUUUGGUAGUGAAAAGGAACCCUAGAGAGCAGAUUGUUCGAAGGAGGUGAAGUUACGGGGAUCAAUUUUUGAAGAUUGAAAAUUAACAGGAAAAAUAAAAGGAGGAAUAAGUGAGGAUUUGAAUUUAGCACCUGGAACGAAGUCAAGAUUUCUGCAUCGAAGGCUACUUCCGCUUGAAAUUAGGAGCUACGUUGCAGCGGCUGCUGUGCAAAAUCAGGGAAACCAAUAUGAGGCACUGAUACGGGCAUAGUAUGGAAGUAUGAAUUGAAGUUUCCGGAAGUCCUUACCCGCCUCCUAUGAUCACAUAUUUACUAGAAGUCAAGCAACCCAAUAGAAGUGGUUCUACAAUUCAUUCUGUUGCCAGAAAAUUAAUUGAAGGGUAGUGAAUGCUCUUCCAUUAAGGCCAAAGCUAGAACUACCAAGAGAAUCACUUAACUGGGGCCAAGUCUUAAGCUACAAUUAGAUUUCACAAAUAACUAAAAGAGCAUGUUAGAAGGAUUGACUCAAAGCUUGGAACUACCCAUUUGGUGUAUAAAAAUAGAAUGACGCUAGAAGACUUCUUUACCCUGACUGAGAUAAAGGAUGGGCUUACAGCCCCUGCCAGAGUUGAGGAGUUAGUCUUUGUGAUAAAGGAAAAGGAUCCUCCGGUGAAGAAUGUUGGGGAAGCAGCAAGACAGUGGUCUACUGUUGCAAGCACCUUGGCAGCCACUGAGAAUCAAGGUUGUCUUGACCGCUUUGUUCAUUUAGACGGGCUCUGUUUUCUAAACCAAUGGCUUUGUGAAGUGCAGAAAUUCAGUAAAGAAAAAAAUGACAGUUUUAUAGAAGAAUCAAUAACUGCACUAUUAGGAGCACUUGAGAAGCUGCCCAUUGAUAAAGAGAGAUCAGUUUCUUCUGGAAUUGGGGUGACUGUGAGAAAUCUUUUCGGCCACCAGAGCUUCAAAGUUCAGGACAGAGCAAGAGCUCUGAUUGAUUCUUGGAAUCAAAGCAAGCAUGGUGAACCCAUUAACAAAGAUGCUGAGAAAAGUGAGACUUGCCUUGAUGGAAUUUCACCCAACGGAAAAAUAACUGCUGAGAGUGAUUGCGUGGAGAAGGUGGCUGCCGGUGUUCCAUCUUUCAGGGGAAAUGCUGAUGAAGAUAAUCAUGUGGUGGGGCUUGCUGCAGGUGAAUCUCAGCAUUCAAGGAGCUCAGACAGCUCUCAGUUGCAGAGUCUCAGUGAUACAAAUUUCCCUAUGUCUAAUAAUCAGGAUACCUCUUCCACAACUUUGAGCAAGACAGAGGAAGAUGGGCUUCCAGAAAAUGCUCUGAGCUCCUCUGUCAUGUCAAACAAUCCUCAGGAGAACCCUUCUGUGAUGGAAAAUUCCUCUUUGCAUCAUACAGAUGGAACAGGGGCAUGCCUUUCUCUAGGUCCAGCUGAUGAUAAUAUUCAGAAGUCCACAGAUGAUCCAGAGUUCAAAGACUUCACUGAUGGUGAUAAAGAGACAGAUACACCAGUUGACUGUGAUAAGGACAUUCCUUCUGUUUAUGCAUCAUUGGGGCCUCAAUGUGUUUCUUCAACUGAUGAUCCUGAUGCUCAGCAAUCUGUGGUGGAACCUACAAAAGAGAUGGAAUUUUGUCUGAAGAAGAAUUCCUCGCUUGGUCUUGACAGUGAUAUAGUCAUGGCAGUGUCAGAUCCAAAGAAGGGGUUAGUUGAAUGUGGGGUAUCAAAACAAUCCAGAAGCACAGUGGAGAUUAAGUCUAGAGGUCAGGACAAUGAAUGCUUCUCCAAUGUUCAGCAGGACCUAUCUGGCAAUGGCUGCAUUCCAGGAAAGAUGGAGGGUUCACAUAUUUCUUUUUGUGGGAAGGAAGAUAUUGGCCCAGUGAAAGAUGUUAUGGAACAUUCCAGUAAACCAAGUUUGGUGGUAGGGAAAGGAGAGGAGUUAGGACUACCUGCUGAUGUCUCACAAUGGACAAUGGAUACCGAAGGCUCAGAUAGGAUUGACAAAAGAUCAGAGAUGGACCUAGAGUAUGGUGUUGAUGAUGCACUUGAAGUUGCCAGGCAAGUUGCCAAAGAAGUAGAGCGAGAGGUAGUGGAUUACAGAGAACCAUUGUGUAGUUCUUCUUCUGAGAAAAAUUCAGCAGGUGGAGUUGUGCAACCCCGAAGCCCUGAUUCUAUAAAUGGUGAGCAGGACCAACAGACAUUGGGACCAGAAAAUGAGGUGCAAACAGGACAAAAUCUUUCUGCAGUGGCAUCAUCGCCAAACGGAGAACAUUUAAUAAAUCCAGAUAACAGGGAUGAAAAAUCGGAAGACUGCAUGCAAGAUGUGGAGACAUCCCAGGUCACUGAGGCUGCUCAGGAACCAGAAGAUGCUACUGAGAAGGGAAUCUGUGGUUUUGAUUUGAAUGAGAUCUGCUCAGAGGAAACUGAUCGUCCAAUGACCCCAAUCUCUGCUCCUAUUCCUGUUGUUGCUGUUUCCAAAGCAGCAAAUACUGCUGGAAUUCUGAUGACCCCUCUGCACUUUGGGGGGGAACUGGGAUGGAAGGGCUCUGCUGCAACGAGUGCUUUCCGUCGAGCAUCUCCUCGCAGGACUCCAGAUGGUGAAAAGACACCCUCUGUUGAGGGAAGCAGCUAUAGUUCAAAGCAGAGGCAGGAUACUCUUAAUAUUGAUCUUAACAUAGCUGGGGUUGAGGAUGAAGGGGUCACUGGUCUUGUAUUAACAAAACAUAUUCCAGUAUCAUCUGGCCUCCCUUCCGGGGAAUCUUCAAUUGAAGUGAGUUCAAAAAGGCAGGAGAGACUUAAGCUGGACCUGAAUCGUGUUGGUGAAAAUGAAGAUGUCCCAUCAUCAGAUUGGAGAAUGGAGGGAAAUUUCCUUCAUCAUCACCGAAAUGGUAAUCGAAGCCCGUCGCCUUCCUCAGCUUCAUCCUCAAGGCAGCCUUCAUUGAGAAACAUUGACUUGAAUGACAGCCCAUGUGUUCAUGAUGAUUCUCAUGAUCGACCUUCUGAGGUGAAAUUGUCUUCCCGAGACUUGAAUGAUCCUGUCAUCUCUAUUAUGGGUGCUAGAGUGGAGGUCAAUAAAAAGGAGAUUUUACCCCAAACUCGGUUAUUGCUGCCAAAUGGGCAGGUUGCUGAAUCUGUGACUGGAUCCCAUAUGGCAAGCUUAGGUAGUGGCAUUGUGGCACGUCCUGUAAUGACAUUCACACCCACUCCAAUGUUUGGUUACAACGGCCUCACAAUGGGGCCGCCUCCUGUGUCUCUUCCACCAGCUAUAUAUGUGCCUGGCUCUGUUCCUUACAUGGUUGAUUCAAGAGGUGCCCCCGUGGUGCCACAUGUAGUGGGUUCUCCGGCACCUGUCUCAUCCUCCCGAUUACCAUUUAUCAUGAGUAUGACUGGCCCUCCAUCAGGAUUGAAUGGAGUUGGGUCAUCACGUCCAGGAUUUGAUCUGAAUUCAGGCUUAACAUUAGCAGAAGGUGAGAACAGGGAAAUGGGGGGCUUCCCGCCGCUAUUUAUUCAGGGGCAAGGCCGCUCUUCUGAGGAACAGAUAAGGUCUGUGUCACAGUCGUCAAGCUCAGGUAUGGUAAUGAAGCGAAAGGAGCCCGACAGUGGAUGGGACCCAUAUUCCGGCAGUUACAAAAAGCAACCACCAUGGAAUUAAGAUUUUUUUUUUUAAUUUUACUUUUAAUUUACCCAGGGCUCCUUUCUUUCUGGGGAGGAGCUGCUGUUGGUGUAGGAAAGAAAAUAUAAAAGAUCAGUGCUUACAUUACCAAACAAAUGGCCGAAGAGAUGGAUAGAGAAGCCAAUUGGCUUAGGUGGAAGGGGUGGAACUGAAUAAAGCUGGAAGAUAUGUCUGAUUGCCAGCGACGGGUUGGGGGUAGAGUAGUCUUGAUUGUUCUUUCUUCAAUUUUUAUUUUAUUUGUUAUCUUUUUUUUUUUUUUUUACCCAUAGAAGUCACGACCAGAGAAAGCUGGGUCCAAUGUAUCUGUAUAUUUCUCAUAAAUAUCAACAGGAAAUGAAAGAAUUGGAUCUUUUUUCUUCA